AUGAAAGAUUUCUACAUUAACAGCACCUCACAGGACCAAAGCUAUGAUUACAGCAACAUCACGUCCAUCGACGAUAAGCAUAUCAAAAUCAUACAUGUGGUGACCUGCAUAAUCAUUGCUAUUGGCCUUCCUUUGAUCCUUCUGGCCAUCUAUGCUCUUUAUUCUAUGGUGAGAAGUGAUCAUGUUGCUCCAAUCUACGUCAUCAACCUUCUCAUUUCUGACCUCCUUCAGCUUAUCUCCAUGAUCGUUGAGGUGGCACAACAUGUUCCGAACAAGGCCAUUCAUAUUUACUACUUUAGUCUGUUUGCUAGUGUUGGCUUCAUGGUCUGCAUCGCCCUGGGAAGGUAUUUGGUCAUCGCCCACCCGCUGUGGUACCGCUUCAGACGAACCAUCAAGACCUCUGUGGCGGUCUGUGUCCUGGUCUGGGUCCUUUCUCUUGUCUAUGCCGUCUAUGUCAGUUAUGUGGUCACAAACAAAAUCUUAGCUGUCCUCCUCCUCCUUCCCUUCCCACUGUUAAUCUUCUUCCUGGUUGGGACCCUCAGAGCCCUGUCUGCUGCCAUCUCGGUCCCCUCUGAUGAAAAACGACGAAUUGUGGGAAUUCUGGUUCUGGUGCUGCUUAUUUACACGCUGCUGUUCCUGCCCGACAUCAUUAUGCUCCUUGGAGCCAGCUUUAAUAAGGCCCUCACCAUCCUGUCUCUCGUCUUUCUUAGGUUGAGUCCUCUUGCAGACUUAGUCCUGUAUGUCUUCAUGAGGAAAGGGGCCAUAGACAAGCUUUUGGCUUCUGUGUGUUGCUGCAGAAUGGACAGCAAUGAAAUCAGCAGUUCAUCAGUAUGA